CAGCUUUCCCCUUGGACUUGUUACGUAAUUUUCUGUGAGGUUCUGCCGUCUGCUUCAGUAUCUCUGUUUCUUCAUCUUCUUCACCCUCUUCUCUUCAGUCCCUUCCCGAUUUCGCUGCUUCGUUGAUGCCAAUACUCCCCAUCUCUGUUACUCUGCAUCUUUGAGUUCUCCAUGACCCAAUACAUUUAGCUAUCUUCUCCUACCUUACCUUUCAUUUUCCGAGAAGUUAUUUUCAGUCAUGGCCGCCGUUGCUCUCAGGUCCAGGUCUUCCAAGGAAGUUGCCACUUUAACCCUCGCUCGCUAUAGACAAUCUAUAUCCAAUUAUAUUCACGCUGGUAGCAAGCCCAAUUCUCACUGCACCGCCCGUAACAAAUCGAACGACCUCUAUCUGAACUCACCUUACCACUUAGUCUCUUUCAAGCCGGUUUCACUUAGGGGAGACUUCGUCAAGAACGGGAGUCAAAUUUUCGAUCAUCGGAGGAUUUACCCGAAUUCCAAUAAGAACUUGAAUGGGAAGUUGAGUAGGGGCAGGGGCGAUAGUUUUAUGAGUACUUAUGGGGACCCGCCCGAGGUGUGGUCUGGAGACGGGAUUAUGAUUCGUGGGAGCAAUUCAAGCUUGAAUGGUCGUGGAGGAGGCGGCGGCAGCGCCAACUCUGGUUCUGGUGGUGAGUUUGGCUCCAACUCGAAUGAUGGGUGCUGGGGUGGUUCCAGUUUGGGACCUAAUUUCCCGACCCCGAAGGAAAUCUGCAAGGGGCUUGAUAAGUUUGUGAUUGGUCAGGAGAGAUCUAAAAAGGUGCUCUCCGUGGGUGUAUACAAUCACUACAAGCGCAUCUAUCACGAGUCACUACAAAGGCCUACAGGAGAUACAGUUAAUAGCAAAGCUGAUGCUGUUGAUGAUGAUAAAGUGGAACUCGAGAAAAGUAACAUCCUUCUGAUGGGGCCAACAGGCUCAGGGAAAACACUACUCGCCAAAACCUUGGCACGCUUUGUUAAUGUUCCAUUUGUUAUUGCUGAUGCGACUACCCUAACACAGGCAGGAUAUGUAGGAGAAGAUGUGGAGUCUAUAUUAUACAAACUUCUGAUGGUUGCUGAUUAUAAUGUGGCAGCUGCACAGCAGGGAAUUGUUUACAUAGAUGAAGUUGAUAAAAUUACUAAGAAGGCAGAGAGCCUUAACAUUAGCAGGGAUGUGUCAGGAGAAGGGGUUCAGCAAGCAUUGUUAAAAAUGCUAGAAGGAACGGUUGUCAAUGUGCCUGAGAAGGGUGCACGAAAGCAUCCUAGAGGUGAAAAUAUCCAGAUUGACACAAAGGAUAUUCUUUUCGUAUGUGGGGGUGCCUUCAUUGACUUGGAAAAAACAAUCUCAGAAAGGCGCCAAGAUUCUUCUUUAGGUUUCGGGGCCCCAGUUCGUGCAAACAUGAGGACAGGUGGUGUUACAGAUGCCAUUGUUACUUCUUCUCUAUUGGAGACUGUUGAAAGUAGUGAUCUUAUUGCAUACGGGUUAAUUCCUGAAUUUGUUGGUCGAUUCCCCAUCCUUGUCAGCUUGUCAGCCCUAACAGAGAAUCAACUUGUUCAGGUCUUGACAGAACCAAAAAAUGCAUUAGGGAAGCAGUAUAGAAAGAUGUUCCUAAUGAAUGGCGUCAAGCUCCAUUUUACAGAAAAUGCCUUGAGAUUAAUUGCAAGAAAGGCUAUGUCUAAGAACACUGGAGCCCGGGGGUUGCGAUCAAUAUUAGAGAAUCUAUUGAUGGAUGCUAUGUAUGAGAUUCCUGAUGCCAAAACAGGCGAGGAUAUAAUUGAUGCCGUUAUCGUUGACGAAGAAUCCAUCGGGUCUGACGGCUCCAGUUGUGGAGCUAAAAUUCUUCAUGGAAAGGGUGCAUUGGAUCGCUAUCUUUCAGGACAAAAGGUAGAAGAAAGAAAGGCAACAAGCGAGGGUUCUGAAAGAGAGCCAGAACCUGAAGGUGAAACAGAUCUUCCUUCUGUUGUUGCCAGCAGCAUGUAACCAACUACUUGUGGAAGUCUAUGUAUUAUAUCUGUAAUGUGUACAUAUAAAAAGUCUACAUUUAUUAAUAAUUCAAAUGGGAAAAAUUAUUGUCACA